AUGGCGAGCCUCAAAACAGCGGCUGCAAAUCAGCCAACAGCCUCUCCCCAAGCUAAAGCUACCACCAUCGAUAAGCGCUUUGGUGGCAACGAAGCUGAUAUAGAUGACAGCGAUAUCUUUGCCCAACUUGGAUCAGUAGGAGAGGAUCCAUUCGACGAAAUAAGUCAAGACAAUUCACAAUCCCCAUUACCUCAUCCUACUGAAGAAGAAGAACAGUUCUUUGCUGAAGUGACACAGUCAGCGCAACCUGUACCUUCACAACAAGACGAACAUCCAUCGCCUCCUCCCGCUGAUGAACUGCUUGCUCCUCCCACUCAAGAUACACGCGAUAGAACGGCACCUGAAACUAUAACAACACCAGCGGCUGUAGAUGAUCAAGAUUUUAGCGAUUUACUGGCUGAAUUUGAAGCAGAGCACGAUCUUGCACAGGAGGCGCCGCUGGGAAUUGAGGAAGGCAUUGCAGCCGUUUCAGAAGAGGACCGAGGUGAAAAUGGAAUCGAGCAGCACGCAGGUGUAGUGCAAGACUUUUCGGCAGACUUUGCGGAUUCUGGAACAUUGCAGGUCCCCAUACCCGCUUCCGCUCUCUUCAAUGAUGAUUCAUCUGAUCCCUUUGCCGACCUAAUUCCCCAAGAAUCUGCUCGAGAAGAAUCUCUUGCUGCUAUACAUCAAGAUAUCAGUGAAACAAAGCCUGCAUCUCCUUCGCCUGUGCCAAGCCUUUCGAUCGAGCACUCUCAAGUUGAUAUUCGACGGACGGGAUUAGGAAUUGAUGCUGGCGGUGAUUCAUCUUUUCAAUCUAUGUUCUCGGAUGCCAGUAAUUUCCUAGGAGAUACCACAUUCGACGACUCGAUACAGAUAUUGCCGGAUGAAGAUGGACAAGCCAAUGGUGAACCCCUGAGGCAAGAUGGAGAUGGUCAUGAAGCGCUGGAUUUCGAGAUCCCUCAAGGUUGGUAUGAUGAGGAUGGAAACUGGAAUUGGUACACGGAGGAAGAAAAAGAGCAAGUCAGAUCGACCAUGAUGGGCCAAACUAGAUGGGCGGCAGAAGCGGAUGAUAUCACUCAGGAACAGGGAUUAGGACAAAACCAAACACCUUCUCAUCCAUAUAGCCCAGCCCUUCAUGCCGGCGUGUCAGAGAAUGCCGCUCGUCGUACACCUCAACCUGAGACCCCGUCCACUUUCGCCGACAAUACUUACGAUCCAUAUGCUCCUUCCACCGCUCAGUACUCGACAACCACCGCUGCUUCUACUUCAUAUGGUGAACCCAGUUCAUCUUCACCUUACGCUCCCUAUUCAGGAGUAUCUACCACAGCGCCUUACACUUCCAACUCGAAUUAUGACUCUUAUAGCUCAUUAGCGCCAAUGCAAUCGGCUUCCACUCCAUAUGCUUCGGCACCUUCCAAUCCAUAUGCACCCGCGUCAACGGCCACAACAAAUCCUUACGCGCCUGUGGCGUCUUUCACAGGCUUAGCUUCGCGUGAAGUCCCUGCAGUAGUUUCCAAACCAAUUCCACCCAAACCUCAGCCUCAAAGAACAGCUUCGAACGCUUACGAUCCACCAUUCCUCAAGCCUCAGAAGAGUUUCAUCCGGGCGGCAUCUGCAAUUCCAUCCGCUGGAUCGCCGGCAUUCAGUAUGCAGCCUGCAAUGACGAUGUCUCCUCCUCAGGCCAGCUCGACCCCUCCUCCGCCUACUGGCCCUCCCAGAAGAUCAAAACCGGAAGGUAGACCACCGAGUCGAGGACCAACGUUUGCUGCUCCACCUAAGGGACCAGAGAGAGCGCAGACAUCAGCAAACGUGCAUUAUGAUCAGAUAUCAGCGUACAAUGCACCACCUCGUCCAACAUCUGCUUCACAGAAUCGGCGAUCCGUCGAUGUCCUAGAAUCGUUCGCUCCACCAAAGCCUUUACAUAGACCACCACCAUCAUCAUAUGACCCACCUCUACCCACACCGGUGUUCCGAGCGCCCAGUCGACCUGCCAGUGUUUCAAAUCAUCAAGGCCACGCUCCGUCCUCGCAACCAGCAUCUCAUCCACCCAAAUUCGCUCCACCCCCAAAAACCAGUCAAUCACCGUUUGCAGCCCCUCCUCGACCUCUCAGCAGAGGAGCUCCUCCUCGUCAAGCAUCCCCGAUGUUCGCUGACAGACCUCCGUCUCGUCCUGACGUAGAUCAGCGAUUAAGAUCUCCUCCAGGUAGUAUACCUCCUGGUGCUGCGAAGCAGCUUCUUUCUCCUCCGAAGGUGAACACAAAUCUCUUCGAACAUCAGAGUCGAAAUCCUCCAGAUGGUCUAAUAUCUUUGGAUGGUUACAAUGAGAGAUCAGAUCAAUACGGCGGAUACCAACCUGGGCCAGACGUAUCACCGCAGCCUUCAUACCAUUCUGAGAUUCCUCAUAUAUCCCCUCCAAUACUAUCCAGAAGAUACGAUGAGGACGGAGAAGAUGGAGAUGAAGUCGACGAUCCAUACUCUGGUUCAAAAGAUCCAGCGGUCUCGAGAUCUUAUCAAAAUGGCGAAACAUCAUCAUUUCAACCUCCAAAUUCAGCGCCGUAUGACGACCAAUUCGUACAAGACGCCGCUCAUGACCCUUAUGCGCCGUCAUCGCUCGGACUCAAUACUCGAGAAUCGCCUCAAAAGAAGCUCCCGCCAUCUUCUUCACCUUAUGCUCCCUACGCCCCUCACGCUCCAACUCACUCAGGCUUUGUCGAUCUAAACGAAGAUUCAUACGCACUAAAUUCUACGCAGAAUGAUGGCUAUCCAACCAAUUCUUAUGCCCCGCCUAGUGGGAUUUCACCUACAAAAAGUCAAGGAUACUUUCACAAACCACAAGCUUCACAGGCUUCGCAGGCGUCAACUUCAUCAUACGAACCAUCACCUUGGUCGCCCGUUAGCACCACCAAACCGAUAGGCACUAGUCAACCUAAUAACCCGUAUGCACCCGGUCCAGCCCGGACUGCGUCUCCAGCAUACAGCGCAGGAUAUGGAGUGUCACCGCCGAGUAACAAUUAUUCCCAGUCCAUGCAUGCCUCCGUUGAUGCGGACGAAACCUAUAUUCCCCAACAAGUCCUUGAGCAGAAGCCAGUUAGUGAAGAUCCUCUCGGUAGAUAUACCCUGGCAGCUCGCAAUGCACCUAUCGCAGUGUUUGGUUUUGGCGGAACCCUCAUUACCGCUUUCCCGGGAGCUGCUGAAUCUGGUGAUUUCCAUAAAGGCCACUCUCGAGUCCCAUCUUAUGGCUAUGCUUCAGGCAGAGGUCAAUUGUGGAUAAGAAAUAUAUCGGAAGUUGCUGCUCCUGCAGCCCUAAAAAGUGAUUUGGCUUCAUUCCCUGGACCUCUUGUAUUCGAUCCAUCUACACCGAAAGGUGCUGCGGGUGACAAGAAGAAAAGAGAAGCCGUAAUCAGCUAUCUUGACACUAGAGCUGAAGAGAUUGAAAAAGGUUUACCGUAUCUCAAAUCGUCUGCGAAUAAAGCCAGGAGAGAGGAAGAAGGUAGAUUGGUAUUGAUAAAAGCACUCAAGGCUCUGACAAUCGGAGAAGGUAAAUUAGCGGGAAGUCCGGAAAUCGAAGAGGCUCUCCGAUUGGCCUUGGCCAACCCAUCCUUACCCACAAUCUCCACUGCUCAUGUCGGUACAGUGUCUAGCAGCAGCUUCAGCUCUUCCCUGUACCCUCCUGUCUCUUCGUCCUCAGCGGGUGCUCCUGUAGCUGCUUCUACUGCGCAAUUGAUCCAAAUAUCAAGUCUCCUGGCGCAAGGCAACAAGCGAGAUGCUGCACUCUACGCUGCCGAUCAGGACUUAUGGUCUCACGCGCUUGUGAUCAGUAGCAACGUAGAUGUGGAUUUGUGGAGAGAUGUUGUCACACGCUUCACUAUCUCCGAAGUUGGUGAUCGACCUAAAGGUACCGCUGGUAUCAAAGCAUCGUAUCUUUUAUCCGGAGGCGUGACCCCGACCAUCGUGGAUGAACUGGUGCAAGCCGCCACGAUCACAGACGACCCAUCAAAUGAUCAGUGGCGAGAAGUCAUCAGUACCGUCUUAUUCAAUGCCAAACCGACUGAGCUUACAUGUCUUGAUGAGCUGGGCUCCAAAUUCCUUAGCAUGGGACUGAUCAACGCUGCUCAUGCUUGUUUCUUGCUUUCACCUCUAUCACCUUUCUUCGACGUCACUCCUGCAUCCUAUGAUCGACCAAUCACUCUCGCUCAUAACUCACGGGAUGAGGAAGCGAUUGUCUUUGCUGAGAUUGCAGAGUAUGCAAGGAGCUUGAUAUCGACACCAAAAGGUCAAGAAUCUCACUUCGCUGGUUUGCCCCAAUUACUACCGUACAAAUUAGUCAGAGCUUGGAGAUUGGCCGAGUUAGGGGAAAUGGAAAUGGCGCAGAAGUAUUGCGCCGCCAUCGAAGGCGGUUCGAAGAUGGGCAAAAAUCUUCCAUCGUUACUCCCUCCUGCAUACGCUGCUAGUUUGGAAGAUCUUCUCGAGCGACUUACCGGUACACCGUCUGUCAAUCCUGCGAAUGCUCUUGGAGCAGGGCGAAAAUCUGCUAAACCGGGUUUCGACAAGCUUGGUUCAUGGAUUGAGGGUCGACUAACAAAAUUCAUUGCCGGAGAAGAAGGCGGUGACGCUCCUCCAAAACCUCCUACAACAGGUGCGAAAGCCGCAGGACCGUUCGCUCAAUUCAGUACAAUCUCACCCAACGCAAGCGGGACCUUGUCAAGAGCUACUUCUACCGCGGACUUUGCAGGAACAGCAGGUCACGGCAACGGUUAUCUGGGUGUAGGAAGCGUUUCAAGAACCACUUCUCCUGCUUUACAGAUGACUCCUCAAUGGGGUCAACAAACUGCAUUUGGACAAUCUCAUACCUCAUCUUCCGCUUCAUCCUCUUAUGGUGAUCCAUACCCACCUCAGAACGAUUCUGGUGGAUAUAACGCUUGGGGAACCAAUGAAGAGACCAAUGAAGGAGAAGAUACACCACACGUCUAUGGACAAAAUCAGCCAUCCGACGAAGGUGAAUACAUCAAUCCUAUGGCUCAACUUAAUAUCGGUCCUUCGGCUCCUUCAUCUUCCAGCUAUGAGCCACCUAGAAACAACUCCAAGCCUGCAUUUGAAGAGGAUGACGAGGAUGAUCUAGGAUUCGGUAACAAGGGUCUGUCAAGAGAAAGGACACCGAGACCUCCUACGACGGAAGUAGACGAAAAAGCUCCAGCUGCCAAAGAGAGCAAAUCAGAACCGAAGAAAGAUGAUCCUUCUUCUGCUAAAUCCGAACAAAAAUCUUCCUCGUGGCUUGGAAAAUUAUGGGGUGGUAAAAAACCUGCUGCCGAUCAACAACAUACUACUGGACCUGUCAAAGCGAAUUUAGGUGAAGAAAGUUCAAUGGUAUUUGAUCCUGAAAUGAAGAGAUGGAUAGUGAAAGGCGCCAAGCCUGAACCUGCAGCAACAGCGGCGCCACCACCGCCUCCAUCUAGAGCUCAGACAGUCUCACCGUCAAGAUCAUCACGGCCUGAGCCACCUUCAGGCGCUUCAAGGGCAAUGUCAGCCACACCACCACCAUCUCAAAGAGGACCCCCACCACCACCUAACCUGCCUAGAUCAAAUACUGGUUUCGCAGAAGGUCCAGAUGGAAGUAUCAAACGAAUGAAAUCGUCUCUGAGUGAAAGUGUCACCGCAUCAGAUAUACCUUCUGGUGCACCCCAAGGUCCACCAAAACCUCCAGGAAGUAGACCCCCAAGUGGACCACCGUCGAGAACCCCAUCUGCAGCAGGACCUUCUCUUGAUGAUCUAUUAUCUAGACCUCCAACCAAAAGACCAGCUUCUGCCGCGGCCAAAAAGGGUGCCAGAAAUAGAUAUGUUGACGUCUUCCAACAACCUGGAGAAUGA